AUGGAUGUCAUUGCUGCACAAACAAAAACUAUUGCAGUUACUCUUCAUGAUUUAUCAUUUAGUCUUGUGGGUUUAGUUUUGAGGAUAUGUCCACCAUGGAUGGAGCAGCACAUUUCAGACUGGACCAAUGUAGUUCUGGCUUAUGAGCCGGUUUGGGCAAUUGGAACUGCGAAGGUUGCUACACCAGCUGGGAGGUCAACUCUGAACUAUGCAAGCGGCUUCAGAUAUAUGUGUGUUGAAGUUGCAGAAUCAACUAGGAUCAUUUAUGGCGGUUCUGUAAAUGGAGCUAACUGCAAAGAGCUUGCAGCACAGCCUGAUGUUGACGGAUUUCUCGCUGGAGGUGCUUCUUUGAAGCCAGAAUUUGUGGACAUCAUCAAUUCUGCUACUGUUAAGUCAUCUGCUCGAGGACUUCUGCGUCGCUCGAUCGAAGAUCCAUGAAUUGACCUGUGAAUCCGUGAUGAAAACUUGUGGUUUCUUGCUUAGAACUGGAGCUAAGCAAGCACUACGAAUAUGAAAUAGUCAUAAUUCGGAUUCUGCCACGUUCUUGUCGGCGUAGAUGAUAUUUAUUUGCAACUAAUUAGAUAUUUAGCUUCCUUGGAUGGCAGACUAUUAAAGACUUCAUCUUAAAUUGGCAUUACUGAAAGAUACCAAAUUUUGG